AGGGCGAGCCUGUGUAGUCAGGUGUCUGCAGUAUUAGUGGGUGCAAUCUUAAGUUUUCCAGCGCCCGAAAUUCAAACGUAACGGAAACGGUUUCGGAAUCUUCAUGCGUUCUUUGCCGUUUCUGUCCCAAACACGUAGUAGAAUCCUCAGUUAUUAACUCUCGGUAGACACUCAAAGUUAUAUAAAAUGCCCCGGUUCACAUUUUUGGUGAUUGGUGUAACCGCGCUGGUGUGUAUGUCUCAGCUGACGAAAAGCGCCCCGUCAAACGAUUUCAAGUGCUACUCGUGUUUUCCGGAGUUACGACUUAAUCAGUGCAACGAACCACAAGAUAGCCAGCUGGUUUCCUGUCCAGCCGGUGUUUGUUGGAUGACGAUGAAAGAAAAUUCGAUAAAAGUGCGCAUCGUGGUUUCGCGGGGUUGCGGCAAAGCCAUGGAAGCGCCAGGACUUUCGGUGGAUGAUUGCAAAAAGACCAGGGACAGAAGCAGCGGUCAAACUGAGCAAAUAUGCAACUGCAAUGCACCACGCUGCAACAGGAAUAAUUGUCGCACAAAGUCUAAAUGCUUUCUUUAAUUCGAUCAGAUUUUAUUUGUGAGAUUUCGCAAAUCCGUUACAGUACAAGACAUCCACUUUGCAACAGUUUAGCGAGGUUUAGCGUAAGGUUUCUGAAGCUUCCAAGUGUCAGCUGCUUGUGUUUAUCUAGAAAUAACGGUAAUACGUAGUCGUAUAUUAAGUCAUUUUCUUUCAGCCGGUAGACGGUAUCGGUCGCAAAUGAUAAAUCAGAUAUUCCAUUUCGUA